GGUUAUCAAUGCCGAGAAGUCGGAGUUCAAUGAGGACCAGGCAGCCUGCUGUCAGAUCUCCAUCCGGAGGAGGGAGCCAGGCCUGGAGGAGGAUGAGGAAUGGCUGAUCCUGUGCUCCACGCAGUUUCUGACUGGUUACUACUGGGCACUAUUUGAUGGCCACGGUGGCCCAGAAGCUGCCAUCAUCGCCUCCAACUAUUUGCACUACUGCAUCAAACAGAAGCUGGAGGAGGUUGUAGGAGGCAUCACCGAGGCCCGUCCCCCCAUGCAUCUGAGCGGACGCUGCGUUUGCGACAGCGACCCCCAGUUCGUGGAGGAGAAGCACAUCCAUGCAGAAGACCUGGUGGUGGGAGCCCUGGAGAAUGCCUUCCAGGAAUGCGAUGAAGUCAUCGGUCAGGAGAUGGAAGCUACGAACCAGACAGGAGGCUGCACUGCUCUGGCUGCUCUUUAUUUCCAGGGAAAGCUGUAUGUGGCUAACGCUGGGGACAGCAGGGCGAUUCUUGUUCUGAAGGACAACAUUGUGCCCAUGAGCUGCGAGUUCACACCCGAGACAGAGAGGCAGCGAAUCCAGCACUUGGCUUUUCUUUUCCCCAAGCUCCUGGACAGCGAGUUCACACGCUUUGAGUUUCCACGGAGGUUGAAGGGAGACGACGUGGGCCAGAAAGUCCUGUACCGGGAUUAUUUCAUGGAGGGCUGGGGAUACAAGAUGGUGGAGAAAGCCGACCUCAAGUAUCCUCUUGUCCACGGUCAUGGGAAGCAGGCUCGCUUGCUGGGGACUCUGGCUGUCUCUCGAGGUCUGGGGGAUCAUCAACUCAAAGUCAUCGACACCAACAUCGAAGUCAAACCUUUCCUCUCCUGCAUUCCCAAGGUGAAUGUAUUUGACUUUGGUCUGCAUGACAUAAAGGAAGACGAUGUCCUCAUCAUGGCAACCGAUGGCCUUUGGGAUGUUUUGUGCAACAAAGAGGUGGCCCAUAUGGUCAGGAGCUUCCUUGCAGAAAACAGGACAGAUCCUGACAGAUUUUCAGAACUGGCCAAGUGCUUGGUAUGCAGAGCAAGAGGAAAGAAGAGAGGCCACCAGUGGAUGCUGGAUGACAGCCACGAGGCAUCCUACGAUGACAUCUCUGUAUUUGUCAUCCCGCUACACAACAGGGACGAAGACUGA